UGAAUGGAACUUUGAUGGUUCUUCUACUGGACAAGCAGAAGGUCAUGAUUCUGAUGUCUUAAUUCAACCCGUUGCUCUUUUUGCUGAUCCUUUCCGCGGAGGCGACAACAAGAUUGUUCUCUGUGAAACUUUCAAUAACGAUGGCACUCCUCAUAUUACCAAUCAUCGUCAUGCUUGCAAAAAAACCAUGGAGCUUCAUGCUUCUAGUAAACCAUGGUUUGGUAUUGAACAAGAAUACAUGUUGUUUGAUCCUGAGACUUCAAAGCCUUAUGGUUGGCCAAUGCACGGCUUCCCCGAGCCUCAAGGUAAAUAUUAUUGUGGCGUUGGUGCUGGCAAAAUCUUUGGUCGCGAUAUAGUAGAAGCCCAUUACCGUGCUUGUUUAUAUGCAGGUAUCAACAUUUCUGGUGUCAAUGCUGAAGUAGCACCUGGCCAAUUCGAGUUUCAAGUAGGUCCUUGCGAAGGAAUUGAAAUGGGUGAUCAUCUGUGGGCUGCUCGUUACAUUCUUGAACGCGUUUCAGAAGAUUUUGGUAUUGUAGUUUCUGUGCAUCCCAAGCCUAUCAAGGGUGAUUGGAACGGUGCUGGUUGUCAUACCAACUUCUCUACUGAAGAGAUGCGUCAAGAAGGUGGUUUGGCUGCUAUUGAAAAAGCUAUCAAGAAGUUGAGUCUUCGCCAUUCGGAACAUAUAGCUGUAUAUGGCGAGGAUAAUGAUCAACGCUUAACAGGUAGACAUGAAACUGGUCACAUUGAUGAUUUUAGUUAUGGUGUCGCAAACCGUGGUGCUUCAAUUCGUAUUCCUCGUCAUGUUGGUAUUGAAGGUAAAGGUUAUUUUGAAGAUCGCCGACCCGCUUCCAAUAUUGAUCCUUACCGUGUCACUAAUAUUAUUGUCGAAUCUACGUUUCUUCCUGACGCUUAAUCUUGUGAGGAUAAAGAUAUGGUCAAAUACCUAUACAUAUACCUCUUUAUUUUGUCUAUAUCAAAUAAAAAGAAAUAUCAUAAAGUCUAAA